UCGGCCAUUUUCAUCCUAGACAACACACCACCUGAUUCCGCAUUUGAGAGCGCAGACGAAGACACGACGGAAAACUUGAUUACCGACGUCCCCGCCGCUCAAGUCUCUGAGCACAACUGCAAGGAUUACACCCGAAAUCCUCCCAAGAUCUUCAUCGUCGGGGAAAAGGUUGAUUACUGUGUUAUAGUGAACGGUGUGUCCGCUUUCGACCAACGGCACAUGGAAGCGAUCAACACGAAUGGGCCAGAGAAGACACCGGCACAAGUUAUCGACAUACUGCAUCGCAGGACAGCCGGAACAUCCAUCAAUCAUACCGACUUCGGCGCACUGAACAAAUGGCCCAUCGCCAUGAGCGUCGAAACUAAAAGACCCGGAGAGUCGGGCGAGAAGGCCGAGCUGCAGAUGGGGGUCUGGCAGGCCGUAUCGUGGCCUGGCCCCGCCUCUCCUUCCGUUCUCUCGUCACCUAGCCAGAUCUCAAUACCUCCUUCUAUCAUACCUGGUUUAGUGUUUCUUCCGGCUCUUGUGAUCGUAGGCCACGACUGGAGGCUUGCGGCCACGACGCUGGAGGACUGCGAUGGCGGCCGGACAGUACUGUGGACGGAAUCUACGAUUGGUAGCACAAGCAAUCUGCUGGGCAUUUACAGGAUUAUCUGGUGUGUCCGCCGGCUGGUAAGGUACUUUGAGGAGAUAUUGGCCGUGGUACACUAA